UUUUUUCCCACCUCUCGCUCUUCGUUCCCACAGCUGGCAGUGAGCACGAGUGAGCUUGUUAAGUGAUCCCUGGCGGGAAGUUUAUUAUGAGGACGUUCCACCCCUUCGCAUCCUCCCCACACGGCCAGAUGCCCGACUCAGCACAGCUCGACGCCCACGUACAACAGCCUCAGCCCCUCCACAACAAGAGCGAGUCCCCCCACCCGUCCUCGCCCUCCCAGCUCUCCCCAAAUCUACUUGUGGACUCGUCCCCCUCCGCUAACACCGAACAGCAGCAGCACAUCCCCCAGCCGUCCACCUCCAAUGGCACCCCUCAACUCCCUCACCCCUCUCUCGCGGCCGCUCCCCCUUCCGUGCUCUCAAGUCCAGAUCCAAACGCGUCCAUUCAGUCCAUCCUCGCUGCAAAUUCAAAGGACAAGGUCCUGCAGCAACAAGACCUCCACCACUCAUGGGUCAUCCCCUCCGUAUCCGCACCUCCCCAACACACCACCCUCGUCUCCCAGUCCCAAAGCACCAAGAACGGCAAGCGAAAACUAGACGAGUCCGAGCAGAACGACCCCCAUCCAAAGAUUCGCCGUACUGUGCGCAACCAUGUCUCCCAAGACCCGACUCGCGUCAUGCCGAUGACAACGGUCAUGUGUCUUCACGCGGCAGUAGCCCAGAAAUCAUACGGCAGCGAAAAACGCUUCCUCUGCCCACCUCCAGUUGUCCAUAUCCAGGGCCCUGUAUGGCAGAUGCGUUCCCAGCAACUGGCCAUGGCAGUCGUCUCCGAACAAGGGGACCGCUCCCAUGAUCAAAAGACCGUUCUUGACAACAACAUGACUGGCAGUUUCAAGUUUCUCCAUGUAACCGGUACUGCUAAAGCCAAGAGUUUCUUGCUUUCUCUUGAUAUCGUGGAUCCACCCCCGUCUGUGUCCGGGGAUAGCAACGAAGCAGCACCCGGCCGAGUUUGGGCUACCUUUGAUUCAGCUCCUGUAACAAUUAUAUCUAAGCCAUCAAAGAAGACUGCCAAGACACGUAACAUUUCUUCGUGCAUCCUUGCUGGUGGUCCAGUUUCCCUCUUCAAUCGCAUCAACUCUCAGACCGUUCGCACGAAAUACAUGACGAUUGAGUCCAGUCAAUUGUGUGCCAGUAACUCUGCUUGGUCGGCAUUCAACGUCAACGUCGUUCGGCGCCCAGAUGAUGCCCCGCCACCACAUGGCGGCCCACAGCCAGUGACGUAUGGCUGUGAAAUCGUGUUAUCCGAUUCACUAUCCAACAUCGCAACAUCUCCCCUUAUCAUACGCAAGGUCGACAAGGGUCGGGUCUCGCCCGAAGAUGGAGGGCCCGUUAGUCAGAUGCAAAAGAUAGCUCUUCAAAGAGUGAACGCUGACGGUUCUAGACAUUAUCUGUCCGCCGCAGGGCCUAUCCCUGGCGCUCCAGGUGUGGUAUCCCCAUCUACUCCUGGGGUCACCUCGCAAGGCGGAACACACCCUCUGAUCUUCCAAGCGCCUCGUGUCAGAGAAGAAGUAAAAGAAGGUGUGCGGAUACUGUCCGACGAAGUCGACGACUAUUUAUGCUGGACCAUAGUCGGCAUAUCGAAAUUUCAGUACACGUUCUUUGAUGCAUUUGGUCAGAACAACUCUAUACCUGAAAUGCCCAUAACUCCUUUCCCCACACUCUUCACCGCGCCAGUUUAUCGUGCUGCCAACAAUUCGUUGGAAAUGGCCGUCUCGCACUUCUUUUAUGAUGACCCUAAGACACAUUCACAACAACCACUCGCUGUUUACCUUGGCAAUAUAGGUCCGCUGCGAGCCCGAUUCUUUCCAGCAUCUUCACCAGGUCCGCUCACGAAUGUCGCAUCAUUCGGUGGUGGUGUCCCUGGACACUCACUAGAAAUGCCUUCCACAAGUGAAGCAGGUGUUGCUGUACCUGCCCCAGUGUCCCCCGGGAGAUACGUCACACAGCCACUGCAUACGAUCGUCACUGUGGAUAUGCCAUCGUUAGCCGAAGUUAUAAAGGCGCUGCAAGAAGAUGUCAUGUCGCCGAAUGGGCUGACUCCAGGCGGCGGCGGCCCUCACAUGUCGCCACCGGGCAUGGAUGCCAGAAGUGGUGGGCAAGUGGACGGUGCGGCUGCGAGCGGUUCGCAAGUUUCAACAAGUGCCCCAUUGCCAACGAUUGCGGGCAGAAGUCUUCCCCUGUUGUUUAUCAGAGCGUAUGACGGUGUGGGGUACCACUCCGGGCGAACGAUUACAUGUGAGAACGUGUUUCAAUCAAUGGAUCUCGGCGUCAUGGCUCCGGGGCACGUUCUGUCACCCCCUGGUGGAGCUACAGCGGACCCUAACUGGCUAGCUGCGGCCCAGGCUGCUGCGACGGCUGCGACUGCGGAUGGCGGUCUACACGGCUGGACGUUGAGAGUCAUGUGAAGAUAUUUGGUUCGUUCCAUUCGGGUUAUCAUGUCGCUUUUCAUUCUUGUUGUCAGUGUCAUCGUGUUGCUUUGGACACUGCUAAGCUUGAUAGCCACCUCAGUGAGAAUUGUUUUGUUGUGCACAUCCUAUUAUUACUAUCUGGUUCUUGUUUCAUAUACUUUCAUACCUCGGCGUGGAUGAUUUUUUAUUAGUUGCCAAGCAGAUUUAUGUCGUAUUGCCGUUACACUACCGCCGAUGAGUCUGCCCGUGGAACGUGU